AUGAAAAACAUCAAUUUAACUGCUUGGCUAUUUUAUAAAAUGUCUGAAUCAAUUAAGGAUUCAAUGCCAGCUCCUUUCUUUAAAGCUACGAGAGUAACCUCAUGCCAAUACGUUUCUGCUUCAAAUGGCCAAGCAAGGGCAGUUGCUUUUCCAUGCAAAAAAACAGGUUAUAAAGCAAAAAACUCAUGGACUAACCAACGACGUUCCGCUGAAGUUGUUUCCCAUGCAGAUGCAACUUAUCAAACUUUUCCAAAUAUGCACGUAGGUAUGGACAAAAAGCCUUUGGUUCCUUACAAUCCAGAAUCUUAUAGAAACCGUUUGCCGCAAGCAGAUUUCAUAGCUCCGUAUAAAAAUUCAAGCCAAAUUGAAAUUGGUGACAGAUCUAGCUAUAACAGUAAAAGCGUUUUUAGAACUACUUAUCAAGCAAUGCUAUUAAAACCUGAUAUGAACGAUUAUACAUCAAAUCAAGGAAUUAUCGCUGAAAAGACGAAAUGGACAAAAACCCGAAUAAAUGAUUAA